CAGCAGGGGAGUUGGCCUUCAACACGUGUCACAGUUGACCGAGCAGUAUACGACAGGAGGCUCUGAUAGUACCGCGCGCCGCACGCGUCGUGGCAUUCUAACUUAUAUUGACAGCAGUAGUAGACUUCGAGGUAUUCUAGCCAAUAAGGGCACUAAGCUAUAUACAAUAUGUAUUUUUUUAUAUGAACACAAAAAAAAACACAAAAAAACAAGAGAAAAGAGUAUGUUUUUGUACACCGAGCGGAAGCUCUGCAUAUCGCUGCCCUGAGCUUCCACGUCAAAGCUGUAAGGGUCCUCCAGUCAGCGGAACACCUGUGUUUUCCGACGGAUAUGCUUCGUGCGCCGUUCUUUUUGUAGUUAAUGAAUUCACUAUAGCUGGAAAAGCGAGUCAGUUUCCCGGUCUCCACUCGAAAACAUCAUGGCAACAAAUACAUUUCGCCUGGCCCUUCUACAACUCGCUACGACGCUAAACAAGUCGGAAAACCUCCGAGCCGCGAGUCUGAAAAUCAAGGAGGCUGCGACCAGCGGUGCCCACAUGGUAUGCCUUCCAGCUUGCUUCGGUUACCCCAUCGGCGGUCGAGGCUUUAAGGCCUCCGCGGAGACCAUUCCCGGCGAGACGAGCGAGAUGCUGUCCCAGUCCGCGAGGGAGAACGGCGUGUACCUUAUAGGCGGUUCCAUGACCGAAGUCGACGGUAAGGGUCGAAGAUACAACACCUGUCUCGUCUAUGGCCCCGACGGCAGUGUGGUCGCCAAGCACCGGAAGCUGCAUCUAGUCGACAUCGACAUUCCUGGAGUGAUGACUUUCCGUGAGGCAAGCCUAGUAUCGCCAGGGAACAGACUGACCACCUUCGACACUCCGUUCUGCAAAGUCGGCGUUGGCGUGUGCUACGACAUCCACUUCGCUCCUCUGACGCACAUCUACGAGCAACUCGGUUGCAAGCUGCUGGUGUUUCCUUCCGCGUUUAACACGAUCGUCGGUCCCAUCUACCAAGAGUUACACCAGAGGUCUAGGGCAGUGGAUAGUCAGGUGUACGUCGCUUUGGCGUCUCCGGCUAGAAGCGAACGUACACCGUAUGUUCCGUGGGGACACAGCAUGUUGGUGGAUCCUCUGGGCAAGGUGGUCCAGUCGGCGGGAACCGAGGAGGCAGUGCUGAUGGGCGAAGUGGACUUGGAUCACCUGUCGACGGUGAGGAAGCAGAUGCCAAUCAUGAAUCACCACAGGAAGGACCUCUACGAUGUGAUUAGGGUCGCAGGUGACUAAUUCAGUGACCACGAUGACGGUGAUUGCGGUGCGGCCUGAGGGUUGAUCGUGUUGUGCGUGGUGAGACGUGUGCUUAAGCAACGGCAGUAGAAGUGAACUUCAAUUUUAUAUUUUUCAUUUAUCUCAUGUGGAAUAGAAAAGCACGCAAAUAAACAUAUCUAUACAGUUUCA